AGCAGACGAGAUAAAGCCAUACGAUGUUGUUGGAGAAGAGGAAGAACGAAAUCUAAAGUAAUAUUUGUUUUAGCAGAAUAAUUCUAAAAGAAAUUAGUCUGGCGUGGCAAGAAUAUGUAUAAACAACCAACACAAGGCAGUAGAGCGACGUCUCCAGCUUACGUUGACACUUCGGGCGCCAGUCAUUACGUCCACCCAGCUUCUUUCAGAGGUCCAUCCCCUUUACCGUCCCCUGCAAAUUUGAGAACAGGAUGCCUUUCAGCUGCAGCAAAACGAUACAAAUUUAUAAGAAAGCUUUGCCACUUUCAGCAAAUGGAUUUCGAAUAUGCUCUCUGGCAAAUGCUUUACCUCUUUAUUUCUCCACAAAAAGUCUACAGAAAUUUUCAUUACAGAAAAAGUUCUAAAGCCCAAUUUGCAAGAGAUGACCCAGCAUUUUUGGUGUUGCUAGCAAUGUGGCUAUGUUUUUCAUCAAUGGUGUUGGCAUUUUUCUUGGAUUUGUCAAUUUUCAGCUUCUUCAAAUUUCUCACGUACACCAUUUUUAUUGACUGCCUUCUAGUUGGAGCAGGGAUUGCAACAGCCAUGUGGCUGGUGGCAAAUAAGCUGCUGAUGAAACCCAAUGUCAGAGGUGAAGAUGUCGAGUGGGGUUAUGCGUUUGACGUUCACCUGAACGCCUACUUUCCGGCACUGAUCAUCUUACACGUUGUUCAGUCUAUGUUGUACCAUGUUCUUAUCAGCCAAGAUUGGUAUUCCGCGACGUUUGUUGGAAACACCCUUUGGCUGAUUGCUGUUGGCUAUUAUAUCUAUAUCAAUUUCCUUGGAUACAGUUCUCUACCCAUUCUACACAAGACCCGCGGACUUCUCUAUCCGUUCACCGUGUUGUUCUUGAUCUACGUCGUCAGUCUGGCAUGCAAUUGGAACGUUACACAUACGCUGAUAAACUUUUAUCACGCCCGAGUCCACGUCAUCUGAAAAAAAGUACGUCUCCGUUUAUUUUUGUGUUUCAUCUUUGAUUCUCCAUAUAUUCCGUUGUUUGCGUGAAACAACAACUGUGGUCGCUUUUCCCUCCGUCUGUUGUUGUUAAACGUCAAAAUACUGUAUUAACAUUAACAAAAAAAUAAAGACGUUUACCCAC